GCUCGUCAACUUGCAGAGGAUAAAAUAACAUUUCAAAAAAAGAGGAAAGGACAACAGAAGAACAAGGAAAGAUGACCGGGCUGGCGCACAUGCUUGCCUUCUGCGUGACUUUCUGCGCCUUGCGCGGAGCGUCUGCUGCCAACAACUAUAAUUGCAACGGCCCUUUGGUGUCCGCACUCCCGCGCUCAUCCUUUCAGAGCUCAUCGCAGUCGUCAGUCAGCUACGCCGCCCACCACGCCAAGUUGCACAGGAGAGACGGGGCCGGCGGCUGGUCUCCAAUGGCGAGCGACAAGGAACCGUGGCUCCAGCUGGACCUCAGGGAGCAGAUGGAGGUGACAGCGGUGGCCACGCAAGGAUGCUAUGACAGCUGGGACUGGGUCCGAACGUACAUGCUCUUCUAUAGCGACACGGGGCGAGCGUGGAGGCGCUAUCGCUCUGACGAUGGCACUGAGGCAUUUGUCGGGAAUAUCAAUUCGGAAGGUGUCAUCCAGAACAAACUCUCCCACGCUGUAAGAGCCCGUUUCCUUCGAUUCGUCCCCCUCGACUGGAAUCCGAGCGGCUGGAUAGGCCUCAGAGUGGAAGUCUAUGGCUGUUCCUAUAAAUCCUACGUGGCUGACUUUGAUGGCAGAAGCUCCUUGCUGUAUCGAUUUAACCAAAAGUCCAUGUCCACCGUGAAAGAUGUCAUCUCGCUGCUGUUUAAGAGUCAGCAGGCUAACGGGGUUUUACUGCACGGAGAGGGCCAGAGAGGCGACUACAUCACUCUGGAGCUCCAUCGGGGGAAACUGGACCUCUACCUCAACUUAGACGACAGCCGUCCGAGGUUGAGCGCCCCCCGCAUUGCCGUCACGGUGGGCAGUCUUUUGGAUGACCAGCAUUGGCACGCCGUGCACGUGGAGCGCUUCAACAAGCACGUCAACCUCACAGUGGACGCCCACACUCACCACUUCCAAACCCAAGGGGAGGCCUACUCGCUGGAGGUGGACUAUGAGCUGAGCUUCGGUGGAAUCCCGCUUCCUGGAAAACCCGGCACGUUUCUCAGGAAGAACUUCCAUGGAUGCAUGGAGAACCUUUACUACAAUGGUAUCAAUAUCAUCGAUCUGGCCAAACGACGCAAACCACAGAUACACACUGUGGGCAACGUGACCUUCUCGUGCUCGCAGCCCCAGCUGGCGGCUUGUACCUUCCUGAGCGCCAACAGCAGCUUCCUGACACUUCCGUCAACGGCAACGGGGGCGUCUGCCACCGGGGGCUUCUCCGCCCGCUUCCACUUCCGCACGUGGAACACCGAGGGGCUACUGCUGUCGGCGCCGCUCGGCUCGAGGCCCCGGAGAUCAGAGUUGCGGAUCCACGAUGGCCGGCUGCAGCUGACCCUGCACGACUCCGGGCGCGAGUCAGAGGAGGUCUCGCCAGAUUACACAGUCAAUGAUGGAUUGUGGCAUUCCGUGAGUCUGGAGAUGAGCAAUUUCCUCAUUCGUCUGACGGUGGACAGCGAGCCGCCGUCUGAGAUGGAACUGUCGGCCGCGCUUGAAUCCAGACGCAACUUUUACUUUGGAGGCUGCCCCACUGCCGACUGUCCGUCUCCGAACUUCCAGGGCUGCAUGCAGCUCAUCUUCAUCAACGGUCAGCCAGUGAAUCUCAGCCAUGUGCAGCAAGGCAUGCUGGGAAACUUCAACCACCUUCACUUUGACACGUGUGCCAUCACAGACAGGUGUGUCCCCAACAAGUGCGAGCAUGGCGGCCUUUGUUCGCAGACGUGGAGCACCUUUUCUUGCGACUGCUCCGGAACAGGUUACUCGGGAGCGACCUGUCACGAUUCCAUCUACGAGUCAUCCUGCGAAGCCUACAAGCUGACCGGCGGCUCCUCUGGCUUUUAUUCCAUUGACCCAGAUGGCAGCGGCCCCCUAGGGGCCACGCAGGUGUACUGCAACAUGACAGAAGAGAAAGUUUGGACCGUGUUGAGCCACAACAGCACCGCUCCAGUCCAAGUUCAGGCUUCAUCACUGCAGAGGCCUCACAUCAUGGUGCUUGACUACGGCGCCUCGCCGGAACAACUCCAAACGAUUGUGUCAAGGUCAGAGCACUGCCAACAAGAAGUGGUUUACAACUGCAAGAGGUCCCGUCUCUUCAACACAAAAGAUGGCAGUCCAAUGUCUUGGUGGCUGGACCGGCAAGGCGAGAAGCGGAGCUACUGGGGAGGAUUUCUGCCGGGAAUCCAGCAGUGCUCCUGCAGCCUGGAGGAGAACUGUGUGAACAUGAACUACUUCUGCAAUUGCGAUGCCGACGCUGACAUGUGGGCCAACGACACGGGCGUCCUCUCCUACAAAGACCACCUACCAGUGAGCCAGAUAGUGAUCGGAGAUAUCGGCAGAGCCGGCUCGCAGGCCGUCUACCGAAUCGGCUAUCUGCGUUGUUAUGGAGACAGGUCCAUGUGGAAUGCAGCCACUUUCUACCAAGAGUCGUCUUACCUCUAUUUUUCCACCUCACCGGCCGAGCCUGCCUCAGACAUCGCCUUCUACUUCAAAACCAGCGCUCCCUCUGGAGUUUUUGUGGAGAGCUUGGGCCUCAAAGACUUUGUCAGAGUGGAGCUCAGCUCGCCAUCCAUGGUGUCCUUUUCGUUUGACGUCGGAAGCGGUGCGGUGGUCCUCUCCGUCAAGUCGCACAUGCCCCUGAAUGACCGCCAGUGGCACUACGUAAGGGCGGAGCACAACGUCAAGGAGGCCUCGCUCCAGGUCGACCAGCUUCCUGCACGCUUCCUUUCUGCUCCCGUGGACCGUCAACUACCCUUGAAGCUAAGCAGUCAACUUUUUGUGGGCGGAACAACGUCUCUGCAGCGGGGUUUCCUGGGCUGCAUGAGGAGCCUGAUUGUAAAUGGGCGAAGCCUGGACCUGGAGGAGCGGGCCAAGGUGACGCCGGGCGUGAGCGCUGGUUGCCCCGGGUACUGCAGUGGCUCCAGCAGCCUGUGCCACAACAGGGGGCGCUGCAUCGAGAAAAGCAACGGCUACGCGUGUGACUGCUCCCAGUCUGCUUAUGCCGGGACUUCUUGUAACCAAGAGGUGUCGGUGUCCUUCGACAAAGAGUCAUCGCUGACCUACACACUUCAGGAGCCUUUCUCUGUGAUGCUGAACAAAAGCUUGCAGGCGGAGAGCAGCAGCAGCAGUCGGGCCAGAGAGGACUUUUCCUUCAGCUUCAUCACCUCGCAGAGUCCCGCCUUGCUCUUGUCUGUCAGCACCCUCAGCCGCCAGUACAUUGCUGUAAUUGUGGCCAGGAACGGGAGUCUGCAGAUCUGGUACCACCUGCAAACGGACAGGAAGCCAGACGUCUUCUGCCCCGCCGCCACUAACCUGGCAGAUGGACGACUCCACCGAGUACGAAUCCACAGAGUGGAGGAGAAAAUCUACGUACAGGUGGACCAGGACAUCCAUAGAAAAUAUACCCUAUCCUUUGACGGAGAACUAGUCUUGAUCAGAACUUUGUCGUUGGGUAAAGUUAUCAGGUUGGACACAUUCCACGAGGAGGUAGCUGAGGCAGCUUCGAAGGGUUUUGUGGGCUGCCUUUCGUUGGUGCAAUUCAACAACGUGGCACUGCUCAAGGCGGCGCUUACCAACCCCGGAAGCUCGUUGGUUACAGUUCGUGGUCCAUUGGUCCAAUCGAAUUGCGGUGCACUGGCAGACUCCUCCUCGCGAUCUUUGCAAGAUCAAACUGUGACAACAAAUAAUGGAAAGAAGAAGCACGAACGUGAUACACAAAAUGAUGUGGCUGUCAUAGCAGGAGUGGUCACAGCGGCGGCCUUCAUCGGCGCAUGCGCGCUAGCCGCCGCUACUCGCCUCCUUUACCAGCGCCGGCAGGCCCAGCGUGACGACGUUGUCAAGCGGGAGGGCGCCCACGCUGUAUACAUGGACUACAGGACUGAGACACGCCCCCACGUUUCGGUUCGGGAGAACAUCAAGGAAUAUUACAUCUGAUCUUCGCCUGACACCGAAGCUUGUUGUACCCGAGCGUCCCUCACGAGAAACACUUUUGACGCUGGCUUCGGAAGUCCCUCAGAUACAUCCCCGGAUUAGAGAAAAAAAAAAAAAAGUCAAACUAAAGCCUGCAAGCUGGAAAAAAGACCACCUUGAAUGUGUUUCAGCGUACAAUGGCUUUAUUUGAUGUGGGUGGAAGUGCAAUUGCAGUUCCUCUUUUUUACACAGCAGAAGAUGAAUGUUAGCCUUGAGGGGACAACGGCGGUGCAAAAUAGGCGCAUUAGAAGCUUUCCGACGCGCCGGAUAUUCUCGCAUUUCCACGGGAACUCCAGAGGGAAUGUGCACGUGGCUGCCGUCGGAAAAGAAAUAAGGUCAACGCUGACCUAAAGUGUUCGAGUGCCUCGUUUAAAUACCAACCUUUUAGAAAAGGAACAUUUGAGUUUUUCCUGCCCCCGUGACGCUCGCCCUCGCUGUUUGGACAUUAUAACGAGCACAGGACGCCAAUUAAAUCCAGGAGGUUCAGCUCUUUAGCUGACCUUGUGCACGGAUCUAAACCCCUUCAUGCUUGGGAGUGUUUCUGGGUUUCAUGUGGGCUCCCUCGGUAUUCCUUAACGCACCCUCCGGGCUGCAUAUGUUUAGUUGUAGGUUGGCAACUCCUGAAAGUGUGUCCUUCUUCUCCUUAUGUAUUCUUAUUUUUCCAGUGUAAGAAAGAGAUGUAUAUUAUAUCCUGAGGGAAACAGUGAGGCAGAUCAUAUAAGCAGAGUAAUAAAAGGAUUAAAGUAUGUGAAUAAAAAUGAACAGUGAAUUGUGA